AUGGCGGACCCUACAGAUAUGACGGAAUUCAGCGACGAUCUGCUAGGUCUCAUCCUCUCCCACCUCCGUCUACCAGACCUCGCUCGCUGCGCGUGCGUGUCCCGCACUUUCCUCCGCGUUUUCCUCGACGACCCUCGCCUCUGGCAGCCCGCAUGCGACCGCCGAUGGGGCCACGUCACCUCUCUGCACACGUGGCUGUCCCCUCCCCACCAAUCCUCGCAGCUGCCAUUCGAUCAGCAGCCCCACGAUCAGCAGCAUGGGAAAUUGACGUCCUUUAAGAGCCUCUAUUACGUUCUGGACACGUGGGAGUCACUGAUUGGUUUCUGGCGCGGAGUCGGCGACGGCGGAUUGGGGUCGCUCGUCGCGUUCCAAUGGCGAGACGGCUAUAUCGAGGGCGUGCGCGUGCUUCCCGCAGCGCCGGUUGGCCCGCCAGCCAAUCACAGAGCAGUCGACGAUCGGCGUCGUCGUCGGUACGACGAUGCGCAUGGCGAUCGGCAUUACGAUCGGCAUGUCGAUCGGCUAGGCCAAGAGAGAAGCGUUUCGCCGUACGCUGUCGUCAGGGUUCCUUUCCUUCGCGUCGUCCCCGCACCUAGAGACCACUUCAUACCCGAUAUAGAGUAUCAUACAUUUCGACAAGGGAAAGCAGGUUAUAGCCAGCAGAUGGACGCGUCAGAUGUGUCUUGCUGGCUCGACGCUGAUUGGCCGACGCUCGCUGACAAGAUCAUGCUGUCAGCCGGGGCGACCAAUGGCAGCGGGACACGUGGCAGCCAUCACCGUAGGCGCAGUUACAGCAGGGAAGGCGGAGGAUCGUGGGUGCCCGCAGAGGUUAAAUUCGUGUCGGGAAAUCACCUGGUAGUCUCCGCUGGCGGGAAUCAACACGUGUUGGGUUGGCGUCAUGGCGCCGUGGGAAACGGAAACGGAAACGGAAACGGGUUGCGACGUGGAUUAGGUGGUUUCUACGAAAGCGGGAACAGAAAGAUCAGCGGGAGCGACGCGAGAGGCACUAGUCUCAUUGACGACGGGCGGCUUUCCUCGUCGUUACCUCACGCAUCAUCACCAUGGUCAUCGAUGUAUGCGCACUCCCCGUCAUCCCGCGCCCGCCGCGCCUCCGCCCACCCUCCCUCCGCCUCCGCCCAUCCGCGCCCUUCAAACACCCAGGCGUUCCCCUUCUCCCCGCAGCCCUGUCCUCUCUUCACCUCCCCCUUGUCCUCCGCCCUGUCCUCCGCCUCCCCGCACACCCCGUCCCCCGCACCCUCCCCCUCCCCUUCCCCCUCCACUUCCUUCCCCCAGCAAGAGAGCCCUCCCCCAAGGCGCAACCUCCAGUUCGGGUCCCCCUCCCCCUCGUCCCCAUCCCCCUCGUCCCCCUUCCAUUCGUCCCCGUCCCCCAUUUCCCCCGCACCCUCUGUAGCAGCUGGGCAGUGUGAUGCCCGGCCUGACGAAGCUUCCAUGACUCGGUGCGAAUCAGAGCAAGGAGAGCAGGGAAGAGCGCAGGGCGGGAGGGAAGGGGAGCAGGACGCGGAGGAAGGGGAGCAGGGGGAAGAGCAGGACGGGGAGCAGGAAAGCGUGGUGCAGGGAAGGUUGAAGCCUGGGACGCAGGGGACGCAAGGGGGGCAGAGAAAGGUUCAGUUUCAGGUGGACGAUUUGGCCCCUUCCGGUCCAUAUCUCGUUAGAGAGGCCAAGGCAAGCAGCAGAGCCGGUAUGGCAGGUAGGGGAAAAGGGAAAAGCCGCAUAGCUGGUGGAACUGCUGAUGCAGCUGAUUCUGACCGCCUCUCCUCCUCCCUGCCAAACCCCUCCCCCGCCUGGUCCCCUUCCUCCUCCGCCUCCCUCCGCUCCACCUCCCUGCACGCGCCCUUCGAGCUUUACCAAUCGCUGGCGUCCAGGUCAGCAGCCGCAGGCGCCAGCAAGGCGAUGAGGCGGCAGCAGCGGAAGGAGAGGCAGCGGGCGGCAGAGAUAGCCGAGGCCGGGGGGGUGCGCAGCCAGCUUUCCGUUGGGAAUGCUGCUGUGGAGGUGGUUGGGGAGAGAGGGGCGUGGGGAGCGGAAAUAGGUGGGGGAAGGGGGUGGGGGAGGGGAGCGGAGGGGAGGGGAGGGGCGGGCGGAGGGGUUGGUGGUGGAAGGGGUGGAAGGGGCAAGGGAGAGGAGGAGCAUCUGGUGAGGGUGAUGCCUAACCAGCUGGAGCCGUCACCGCUGUGUCCCCUGCAGGGGCUCUGGAAGGUGGGUGGGUGGGCUUUUGAGGGGCGCCUCAAAAGGGCGUCUGCCAGCACAGCAGCCUCGAUUUCAUCCUGCUCACAUGCACCGAAUCUGGACAUCUGCAGUGCCGCCGGGUGGCGCAGUACAAGCAGCCCCCACCGCACGCCCGCGCGGUUACCACCACCGCCACCCGCAGCAGCGAGCGGCGCCAGCGACGGCGACAGGCGAGAGCACGAGCUGAGGGGAGAGCUGAAAGGAGCAAUUGGGGAGACUGAGAGGAGGGGCGGAGGGGAAACCAGGGAGAGAGUGAGGGAUCAGAAUGGCAGUAGCGUUGCGAAUAGCAGCGGCAGCAGCGACAGCAGCAGCAGCAGCAGCAGCAGUGGGAGUGAGGAGAGCAAUGGGGAGGAGAGUGAGAGUGAUGAUAGUGAUGGUGACAAGAACAGCGGCAAUGGUGGCAGCAGUGGGGGAAGCAGGAGCAGUGGGCAGGCUGCUGCUGCUCCUAUGAUUCCAGGUGGAGCAUGCCGUGGGGUGGAGAGAGAAGCUGGAGUGGAAGAGAUGGAGGAGGUUGAAGAGAGAGAGGUGGUGGGGAUGCUUGUGACUGUGCCGGAUGGUGAUUGUAAUGAGGGUAUGGUGGGCUGCAGCAAGCACCCCAUGGCCGGCAGGGUUUGGCUGUAUGCGAGUGGGGGGUUUGGGUACUGGUCGGCACACACGGAUUAUGUGAUUGAUUACAGGCGUGUGUGGCACAGAGGGAAGCUGUGCCACGAUGCCACUCCGGCAUGGGCUCUGGAGGUCGCCUCUCUUUCCGCCUUCGCCUCGUCCCUCUCCGCGCUCCCCCCUCUCUUCUGGCAAUCGCUCCUCCUCUCCUCUGCGCUCGCCCUCUCCGCCCUCUCGCGCCUCCUCUCCCUGCCCACCGCACCCUCGCUUUUAUCACCCCCGUUACAAGCACCUCCGUCUCAGUCUCAACCCCCACCUGCUCCCGUUCAACCUGGGAUGCCGCAGCAGAGACACGAGCAGCAGCAACAGCAGCAGCAGCCGCAGCAGCAGCAGCAGCAGCAGCAGGGGGUACAGAAGGCGUCUACAGCAGCAGCAGCAGCAGGGCGGGAAGGAAAGGCUGGGGGUGAGCAUGUGAGCGUGGCAGAGCUGCAGCAGGUGGUGGGGUUGGUGCAUGCGCUCUCACGGCAUGUGGAGAAGAUCCAGCUGCACACGCGAGUCACCAGGCGCACUCUCAGAGACCCCAUGCUGCAGACAUCCAAGCUAGCAGAGGCGACAGCGCAGCAAGUACAAGGCCUUCAAGACGCCCUGGUGGCAUCUAGAAGGGAGUCGGAGGAGGUGCAGCUGCUGCUGCUGGGCGUGCAGGACCAGUCCGUGCGCCAGUUCGACCUCUUUUCUAACUCGCUGCGGCUCCUGCGCUCCCAGCAAGACGCUCUGAAAGCACAGCAGGAGACGCUAAAAUCACAGCAGGAGGUGUUGAGAGACGAGCAGGAGAGGCUUAAGGGGGAGCGGAUGGGUGUCUGGGAACAGCAGGAUGGUUCUGUGCGGUGGGAGCAGGUGGUUGAAGGCAUGCAGCAGCAGUUGUGCGCACAGCAGGACGAGCUGAAGGCGCAGCAGGAGGUGCUAUUGACGCAGCAGGAACAGGUGAGAGCGCACCUGCAGCAGGUGAGGAAUCAGCAGGAGCAGCUAGGGGCGCAGCAGGAGGAGGUGGGGGCGGAGAGGGAGCAGCUUCAGGCAGAACAGGAGGGCAUUCGGAGCGCCCAGGAGGGCUUGCUUGGGGCGCAGGAGAAGCUGCUGUCUCUGCUGGCAGCAGUUCAGCAGCGGCACGAGGACCAGCAGGGUUCUUCUUCCUCUGGAGGGGUGUCUGCGCCGAUCGAUCUCACUUCUCUGCAGCAGAUGAGGGAGCAGCAGCAGGCGCUAGCUAAAGAGCAGGAGGCGUUAGUUAAAGAGCAGGAGAGGUUAAAUAAGGAGCAGGAGGAGGUGAAGCGGGAGCAGGAGAGGGUGGGGCGGAAGCAGAGGGAGGUGGAGCGGGAGCAGAGGCGAAUGGAGGAGUAUCAGCGGCAGCUGGCGGGAAGGCUGCUGGCGGCUGUGGUGGCUGUGGAGGAGCUGAGGAGGGAGAGGUGGGUGGGUGGAGAGAGAAGGGUGGCUGGGGUGAGUGGGAUGGGUGAGGGUGGUGACACUGGUGGUGAUGAUAGUGCCGCUGAUGCUGGUGGUGAUGCUACUGGUACUGCUGCAGGAGAUGCAGCGAAUGGACGUGCUGGGGGUGCUGCAGCGUCUCCUUCCUCCCCAUCUGCCCCACUGGAGGCAUCGCCACCUGCAGUUGACUAUUGGGCGGAGUGA